GGUUUCUUGUAGAUGUUGAAAAGGAGUGGAGAAAGAACCAAGCAGCUGAGGACUGGACUUCUCUCUCCCUACCAAUACUGACUGGGAACUGCCACAGGGAAAGGAUUCGAACCAGCGCAUAACUGUGCCACCCAUCCCCAUCCCCUAUUAAGUGACUAGAAAAAUAUGGAGAAGAAAGUGAGGCAGCUGUGUCUUAUUUCUGAUCCAGACACAACAUACUUUCUGCAAAUAACUUGGUGCAAAGAUCUUGGUAUGGGUUUUGAUCUUAUACUAAGCGAUGGCCAAUCGUCUUGGAUUGGAAGAGUGUCUGAAGAAGAGAUUUCCAGAGAGGCUGCUGACAUGGAAAUGAAACAAGAAAAGUAUGUAGAAGAACUUAAAAAAGUACUGUUGUUUGACCAAGAGUUUUCAGAUACAUACCGUUUUGAUAUUUCUAAAAAGGAAAGAAAUGGAGAAUCAAUUUAUUUUUCAUAUGAAAAGAAUUUGAAGGAUGUUACUUUUAGACUUGGAUCAUUGAUAUUACAAAAAGUUACAAAUUCACCUGAAGUCAUUAGAGAGUUGAUUACCCAUUGCCUAGACUGUGUAAAAGAACUACAUGUCAAAAACGAUCACCUACAAAAAGAGAAUGAAAGGCUUCUAAGCGAUCUGGAUGACAUACAAGAACAAUUACAAAAAUGUGUUGAAGCUAAAGAAGAACUGGAAACUGAUCUUUAUCAGCGAUUUGUCUUGGUCCUCAAUGAAAAGAAAGCAAAGAUAAGAAGUUUACAGAAACAUUUAAAAGAAGUCGAAGAAACAGUAUCGGAAACUGCACAAGCAGGGGACACAGUAAUUGCUUCAAAAAGUACAGUUGGAAAAGAAAAUUAUGAAGGAAGCACUGAUGAAGAAAGUGAAAAUUUAAUACAACUGACAACAUCAGAGACAAUCAAAUCCAGUGAAGAUUCAUUACUUGGUAGUCUGGAUAUUACUGAUAUAGUUCCAAGUAGAAAAAGAAGACAACGGAUUUCAAAAGAUGGAAAUACUAAACCAAAGGUGACACUACAAGAAGCCCACACUUCUUCAAAAGAAAAACUACAUUUUGCUCCAUCAAAAUCAACAGAGAGGCAACUGACUUUGCAAAAGGCAGAGGAAGAGAAAAACACAUAUGACCCCGAAGACCUAUUUGGUGAUAUCUGACUUUUCUGGAAGAAGACUACAAUUUUACUACAAGCUGCUAAAAAUGUAAUCAAUUAUCUCUUCCAAAGAAACUGUUUUACAUACAGCAGUGGAGGGAGUUUCCUAUUUGUACUGUAAAAUAAUAUUCAACUAGUGUUUUAUCUUUUGCUAAUAAAGGUUGUACCCAUGAAUAGUCACUAACAGUCAACAUUUUCCAUUCAAGGCUUUACAGACUUCAGGGAGUUAAUCUGCCUCCAGUUGAUGUGAAUGAGAAAAUUUAAUUAAUCCUCAGGAUUAAGAAAGACAAUUACCAGAGCAUCAAAAUGGCAGCAAUGAAAACUGGGAAGAAAGAUGAAAGGCUGCGACCCAUGGCUUCAGGCAGAAAGGUGUCUUGAAAUCUCUAUAGUUGUUUUAUGAUUAACGAAAAUAUAUUUCCCAAAUUAAGAAUAGAUACAGUGUCUCAUCCAUUAGACACUGUUUUCUUUCUGUUUGAUCAUCACUUUUAAAUGUCCACAAUGAAGUCUCUUGCUGCAAAGAUAUUUUUAGGCCUUUACUCCAUUUCCUUCUCAGUAAUGGUCCCUAGCAACCAUUGUUUUGACCCACAACUUCUGCCAGCACUCUUGGAAUAUCAAAAGCAAGGGUUUCUAUGACAUUUUGGAGAUAAGGCAAUAUGUUUAUAUUGUUUUACGUUUUGAAUUGGAGAAUUCUUAUUCAUAAAUAAUGUUGCCAUAAUAGGCCAGUUUGUCCCCAGUCUUAUAUCUGGGUAUAUUGAAUUAAAACUCCCAGAACUCUCAGCCAAUGAGGGAAUUCUGCCAGUUUUAAAUCUAGAAGAUUGGACAAAGUCCGCACAAAACUUUUUAAAAUGCUUAUAAUAAUAGAUUAAUUAUUAAAAUGGUGAAUUAAGAUUGAAAAUAUUCUCAGCUAUCAAAUAACACUAAUGAACAACUUUGGACUAGCCGCCUUCUUUCAGCCAACUCACUGCACAGGAUUGUUAUGGAUUUUUUUUAAAAAGAACUGAUAGACGUCUGCUAUGUGUAUUAUCUUGAUAUGGAGCAAAAGUAGGAUUAUAAACUAAUGAAUAAGAAUAUGGGCACAUAUGCAUGCUGUGGGGACUCUGGAGGCACAUGAUAGCAUGUACUUAAUGAUGUCAGACAAAUUAUAUAAUUUAUAUUUUGGUUAAUGGCAUUUCUUCAACAAUCUUUCAAAGUCACAAUAACACUGAAUGAGGAGGCUUAUGCCUAGUCCUUGAAAUUGCAUUGCAACAUCUCUGUAGUUACAUGAUUUUGAUUUAAGCAUUUAGCAGAAACUAAUUCACAAUUAUGAACGUUGCCUCUUGUCACUGUCAUGUGCUGGCCAUUUGCAACCUUCACUGUCAGCUUCUGACAAUCAAUGGGAAAGUUGGCAGAAGAUUGUCCAUUGCAAUCACAUGAGGCUACACCAAAUGACCAUCUGGAAUUUGCCUAAUAGUUACAACUGAAAUUCAUGAAUGAAGGCAAAUGUUCAUGUCCCAAGAUCUCUCAUUCUGGUGAGAGAAAAGUUCCCUGAGAAUGGGGUCCAGCACGAGUCUAAAAACUCGGAGACUAAAUCUUUGAUUCCGGUGACUAACCCAGAUUGGGCCCUACAAGAACUGAAAUUGCUGGAAUGGCUAUUAUUAAGAUGGUGUAGUCAUGUGACAUCACACUUUACAACCAUGUUGGUUAACGACAGAGCUUCCAAUCCCGACUAGCUAAUUGAGAACUAUUUGUAUUUGCCUCAGACCUCAUACCCAUGUAUGUAAUUGAAGCAUUUGAAGAAUGAUGACAUCACACCCAUGCCAUUUGAUGCCAACAUAGUUUGUUACAGACAUCACUAGAAACACAGGCCAAAUUAGAAAUCUAAAAAGCCAUUAGAAGCCAGAUUGCCACUGAGUUGAGCCCAUCUUUUAUUCUAUGAGCUUAAAUUUAAUUUAUUUUUUCAAUCUUAAACGUAUUUUUUUGCUUGUUUUCCCCCACUACUUUUACAAAGUAUUUGACCUUUGAAAAAUUGCCUUGACAUUUCAUAUAAACACAACCACUUGGUGUUUUGUUUGUUCAAGCAUUCUACUAUGGAAAUUAUCCUAGGGUUAAGCAUUUAUGCGAAGUAUUCCUAUAAGAAGUAAUUUUAGGUCAUUUCAAUACUUUCUUAAUUUACAGAUUAUCUGAAUAUUCAGUUCUGUAUAUAAUUCUGGUUAUGCCUGCUGAACCUGUAUCUUCUGCUGGAUAAAACUUUUGUGGUAGUGUUCUAUUUUUGUUCUGUAAGCCUUGAAUUUUCAUUCUCCUGUCCCCACAACUAAGCUUGUAAGAUUUUUCUUUCUUUCUUUUAAUAAGACAAUUAAAAUACAGUUUUAAGUAUUAGCUUAAACCUGCAAGUAGUCCUCAAUGGAGCAAGCUAGUUUUUAAAAAUGUCUGGAAUACUGAAAUAAGUCACUUUGAAAGAACUAUCCAUGAGAACAAACUAUUGUCUGCAAACAAUUGCAUUGUUUUUUUUUAAAUAGAGCAAUAUAAAAAUAACUCGUAAUUCCUACAAUUUUCCUCAAAAGAAGUCUCUUGGAACAAAAAAAUAGUGUACAUAAGUAGCGAGGAAGUCAGCCAUUUGGCUAUUAUUAUUGUCUAUCUGGAGCAAGGGGAAAAAAUGAUCCUAUGAAUAUGAAAAAAAGAGGAAAAUGGAACAGAUCUCCAGUUUUCUUUUAAGAUAACUGGCUUGGUCACAUGAUUAUAAGCUGUUUCCCAGAUACCAGACAUAAUUUAAAGAAUUUUAGCUGCAAAUAAGUCUUUUUAUUAUACUACAUACAAAUGCUGUGUUCUUCUAACAACAUAAAACUCUAAGUUGUAAAAACAACAUUAUUUAAUCAGUGAGAUUACUGUUUUGUUAUGAAAUGUAAACUCCAACUACUAGUAAAAGGAUAAUUACCCCAUUUCUACAAUUCUAAUCUUGUAGAUUACAGGUGAGGGAUUAUUGAUACAACUAGUAGGGCACUCUAAAGUGCUGCCCAGUUUCAGGAGGAAGAGGAACUAGAGAAGCUAUAAAUCACCUUUUAUAAUAUCUUCUUAGUAGCUGUGUUAAGGAAAGUUUGCAGAAAAUGCUUUCUUACUUUUAAAUGUUUUCAAAGUUUUCCUAAAAUGGCUAUCAAUAAUGAAAUCUCAUACCAACCAAACUAAAUAUAAAACAGCAACCAUUGAUAAAUCCAUGAACCAUAAACACUUUGGGUUACUAUAACAAGUAGAAAUGAGUACAAUUAGUUUCAUACAAACCUGAUCUGAGCUAAGUGCCUUGCUUCAAACAAUGCUUGGGCAAUUGACUUGGACAGUAUAUAUGGAUCUUAUAAUGUCAUUUUUGUAUGUAUAAUCCGAAUGUCAUUCAUGUAUGUAUUAUCUAGUGCAUGUUCUCAUCUUUUCACAGAGAGUACUGCCAGCAUAUUUGUGUAAUAAAGUCAAUUUAGAUUGUCAUAAUUACCUGAAAUAAAGGAAUAUGAGAACUUCAA